CUACUCUCCACACGAAUUAUCUUAUCCGACUUCACUCCCUUCCAAAUUCCACACUCAUCUCCCACAUUCCAUUCCCUCCAACUAUUUUCUGCAAUGAAAAGCGUGGCCUCCUCUAAAUCUACCAUUUUUGCGCUGCUUCACCUCCCCAAGGUUGCAUUCAGGAAUCAAGGCAUUGCAAUAUGGCAUUUUCUGCAUAUUCAAUCAACCUCUCCAGUGAUGAAAGCAUUGGCUUGUGUUCCAGAUCACUACUUAUUGGUGACGAUAGGUAUAGGAAGAGGGGGCUUGCUCCUAAUUGUGGUGUAGUUAUGGUGAGAAUGUGGUCUAAUAACAGAAGGCCAAGAUAUUUUGGGCUUUUAAGAUCUUAUAGAAUAUGUUCUGGAUUGGAGCCGGCCAAGAAAAUUUUGUCAGUGUGUAGCAAUAAUACGAGUAUACCUCAGGAAAACAGGAUAGUUAAAUUUCAAUUGGCAGCAAUACCAAAUGUUCUGAAGAGACAAUUCUUAAAAGUAGUUGUCGUAGUUGCAUGCGCAUUCUUGGUCAUUCCAGCAGCUGAUGCUGUAGAUGCCCUUAAAACUUGUGCUUGCUUGCUGAAGGAGUGCAGGUUGGAACUUGCCAAGUGUAUUGCAAACCCAUCAUGUGCAGCAAAUGUUGCGUGUCUUCAAACCUGCAACAAUCGACCUGAUGAGACUGAAUGCCAGAUUAAAUGUGGGGAUUUGUUUGAAAACAGUGUUGUAGACGAGUUCAAUGAGUGUGCAGUCUCACGAAAGAAAUGCGUACCCCAGAAAUCUGAUGUGGGGGAAUUUCCUAUCCCUGAUCCUGCUGUUCUUGUUAAGAACUUUAACAUUGAAGAUUUCAGUGGAAAGUGGUUCAUAACUAGUGGUUUGAAUCCUACCUUUGAUGCUUUUAAUUGCCAAUUACAUGAGUUCCAUACAGAAUCCAACAAACUUGUGGGAAAUUUGUCAUGGCGAAUACGAACUCCAGAUGGUGGCUUCUUCACUCGAUCAGCUAUGCAAAGAUUUGCGCAAGAUCCAACCUAUCCUGGAAUACUCUACAAUCAUGACAAUGAAUAUCUUCACUACCAAGAUGACUGGUAUAUUCUGUCUUCCAAAAUAGAGAAUAAACAGGAUGACUAUGUAUUUGUAUAUUACCGAGGCAGCAAUGAUGCAUGGGAUGGAUACGGUGGUGCUGUUGUGUACACAAGAAAUGCAGUUUUACCUGAAAGCAUUGUACCUGAAUUAGAAAGAGCAGCUCAAAGCGUAGGACGCGACUUCAACACGUUCAUCAGGACGGACAAUAGUUGCGGACCUGAACCUCCCCUUGUAGAGAGAUUGGAGAAGACAGUGGAAGAAGGAGAGAAAACAAUAGUAAAAGAGGUUGAAGAGGAGGUGGAGAAAGUGGAGGAGACCGAGAAGGCCUUGUUUCAAAGGUUGAUAGAAGGGUUUCAGGAGCUCAGACAAGAUGAGGAAAACUUCCUGAAAGGGCUGAGCAAGGAAGAGAUGGAUAUUUUGAGUAAUCUUAAGAUGGAAGCAAAUGAGUUCGAAAAGCUCUUUGGGCGAGCACUGCCACUGAGGAAGCUAAGAUAGAAAUGAACCUAGUAGCGGCAAGCUUAUCACUGCUAAUUGGGUGAUUUGUAUUUCAAAUGUUUGAAAUCUGUAGCAUAUAUUGUAUUAAUGCUGAUAACUUCAAGAAAGAUGAAAUUCAGAGUUCUAUUUUUUC